GUUGUCUUCCAGUCGAGCAGCAUUAGCUAGAUCAAGUAUGGGGGAGCGCGGCUUCGCGAUCAAGGCGGACGCGACUAAGACAGCGUGGGAGUCGGAGGAGUUCCCACUGCUGUGUGAGAGCUGUCUGGGUGAGAAUCCUUAUGUGCGCAUGAUGAAGGAGGCGUAUGGUAGCGCCUGCAAGAUCUGCGCCCGACCUUUUACGGUCUUCCGCUGGAAGCCGGGCAAGCGUGCGCGUUACAAAAAGACCGAGGUGUGCCAGACUUGCGCACGAAUGAAGAAUGUGUGUCAGACCUGUGUAUUGGACUUGCAGUACCACCUGCCGGUGCAGGUGCGCGACACGGUUUUGGCAAAGGAAGAAGGAGGCGGCCAGGUAGCGGUCAACGUACCCGAGAGCGACGCCAACCGCGAGUGGUUCUCACAGCAGCACAGCCGCAUGUUGGAGCAGGAAGGGGCCGUAUCAGCCUAUGGUAAAGCGUCGGGUUCGGCCAAUAACGCACUGCUGCGUAUGGCUCGUCGUGAGCCUUACUACAAGCGCAACCGUGCACAUUUGUGCUCAUUCUACGCUCGAGGAGAAUGUAAUCGAGGUGACGAGUGCCCGUAUCUGCAUGAGAUGCCUCGUGAUAAGGACGAUCCGCUUGCAAAGCAGAACAUUAAGGACAGAUUCUACGGUAAGAAUGACCCGGUUGCCAUGAAGAUGCUCGGUGAACAGAAGAAGAACCAACGUCGGGACAGUAAGAACGAUGGCAAGCCUCGUGAACCACCGCCGAAACCUGAGGGAGCGUCCAAGCCAAAGCCUCCUCCACUCCCUCCUGGAAAGAAACCACCGCUACCUCCCGGACCUCCUCCAACUGCAGCGAAGAAGACUGAGGAAGAAGAGACCAAAGGCUAGACUAGACUAGCAGCCCAGUUAGUUCACGUUAGGCAUUCACUCGCUUACAAAUACAAAGAACUCUCAUCACUACCAGCUCCACGUUAAAACAAUCGUGCUGCCGCCCAUUUCCUGGUAGGAUAAUUGCAAA